CCAGCGUUGUCGUACUUCAUGGAGACGAUGGGGUGCCAGAUGAACGUCGCGGACUCGGAGAGAAUGGAGGGCCAGAUGGCGGAUCUUGGGAUUCAGAAGACCGAGGACAAGACGGAGGCGAGCGUGUUUGUGCUCAACACUUGCUCCAUCCGCGACCACGCGGAGCAGAAGGUGUACUCGUACGUCGGGCCCUACGCGAUCCGCAAGCAGAAGGGCGAGAACAUCGCCAUCGUCGUCGCCGGGUGCGUCGCUCAGCAAGAGGGCGAGAAGCUUCUUCGGAGGGUUCCUGAGAUCGAUCUCGUCAUGGGGCCGCAGUACGCCAACCGGUUGGGAGACCUGCUCGAGGAUGUCAUGAACGGAAACCAGAUCGUGGCGACGGAUCCCUCCCUGAUCAUGGAGGACGUGUCCAAGCCUCGCAGGGGCAGCUCGACGUGCGCAUGGGUCAACAUCAUCUACGGAUGCAACGAGCACUGCACCUACUGUGUCGUGCCCGGCGUGCGUGGAGUCGAGCAGAGCCGACCGAAGGAGUCGAUCCGGCAGGAGAUGGUCGAGCUCGCCGCCGCCGGAUACAGGGAGGUGCGGAAGGAGUUUUUUUUAUAG